AUGAAACACUUGACCCUCAGCUCACAUCACCAUGCACAGACAAACACGGAGAAGCCUAUAUUCGCAGACUCGUACUGGCAGGCGUAUAUCGAGAGCUAUCUCGGCAAUGACAGGGCCACGGUCAUCAAGCACACACCUUACAACAUCACCAAAUACACUGAAAAAUCCCACGAAGUUUUGACCAUCAGGUCCUAUUUCCAGUACCAGAAGCUCCCGGUGCCCAGCACACUCCAGAUCAUCGCCAUUCUCAAGUCGCCAUUGACACAGGGCAACCUCUACAAGACCUACUACAUCAUCCGCAUGUUUCAGUUGAGUUCAGAAGGGUAUUUCCUAACAAACUCGCCGAUUGACAAACUCGGCAACCGCUUGCACUUUGUCGGCGCCGAGAACUGGGACAAUGUCAUGUGCUACAUGGACGCAUUGUUCUUUGCCAUGUUUGCCAAUUUGGAGAGCUUUGAGCCGCUCUUGUUUAUCCCCAAUAGCAACAACCAAUUGGUGAACCAAUUGUCGGCAUUGAUGCGGGUCUAUGUUUCCUUGCUCAGACUGGGCUACUUGAUAACAACUGAUUUGACGGCUAAGUUAUGCGAAUGUCUACAGAAACUCGGAUUCGACGAAGCCAUGAGCCAUAGACAGCAGGAUGCCUCUGCUCUAUUUGGGUUCUUAACGGAAAUCUUGAGCAUGCCGUUGUUGACGUUCAAGGUGGAUAUUAAGCAUGCCGGGAAAUUUAGCAAAAAAGACGAUCAAAAGUACUCAAAAGAACGGAUGUUGUUUGUGAGCAUCCCGGGUGAAGAUGAAGAAGUAUUUGUUCAGAGAAACAGUGAUAGCAGUCAACAACAACACCAUAUCGAAGGCUCGAGCCUGGCGAGACUGGGUAGUGAAUCCGACAAUGAUGAAGUCAUGUUGGAAGAGUGUCUUGAACACUACUUCAACAACGAAGUCAGCGUCAAGCGAGAAUUGGAAAGACGCGCGUCACAAGGCCAGAUCCCCACAAUUGCAUCACUAGGCCACACUCCGCGAGUAGAUGUCAUUAAGGAGGACGUUGGCGAACCGAGUUUUGGAGAUGUUGAGCAUCGUUUUGCUAGUGGCAAUGGCAGCGAGGCUCCGCGGAUCCCACCUAGAACGAGAGCAUCGACUUUGUCCAUAUGGUCCUUGAAUGACCACGACAGACUGGAUCCGUCCAAAAUUAGAGAAGUAAACUUGCCCGCGUGGAUGUUUUUACGGUUGUUGCCCUUUUACACCGACGAUAAUGUUAUGUCUGAAGACUUUGAAAGCACAGCUCGAUCCUCAAAAGAUUUUGCCAAUAGAAGGCCCGUUUUACCCAUUUGUUUGAAAAGAUAUGAAAACUCCGGCGCCAGGUCCCAGAAACGAAUCAUCAUUCCCCCGUUCAUCGACUUGCCCGACUUCGUUGCCGAUGACAUUGACGGGCCCGGGUGCUCGUUCAGGUUGAUCUUGGAGAGCGCCGUUUGCCAUCGAGGAACCUCGAUCCUGCUGGGCCAUUUCGUUUCGGUGGUGCGCAAAAACAUUGACCAGGUCAACCAGAGUGAAGAAGAGGCCGAAGCCGCCACGUGGUUGCUUUACGACGACAUGAAAAAAUCGCAACGAGUCGUGGAGAAAACUUUUAACGAGAUUUUCACUACUGAAUGGCCCUACACUUUGUUCUACAGAUUGGUAUCUCCAAACCCUUCAAGCGGGGCUUCCUCGGUGACGGAAACUGUUGCGCCACCUCCGCCAGGUUCAAAAGUUCAAUAUUGGGCAAGCACCAACAAUUUUCUGCACGUGGAGGCCAAGAAAUUGUCGCCGAUUCUUUCCUCGGAGACGAGAGACACCGUUGUUGUCAACAACUUCCCAGACAAGACCCCCACCAAGCAAGUGGUCAACACCGAGCCCGUCUCGAGCGUUGCCCCCAAUGACCCCAAGUUUGUCGACUUGAGACGGAAAUACUACUGGUUCUUUACUGAUGAAUCGCGCAAUUAUUACAAGGAAGAUCCAGUGACUUCGCGAGAUGGGAAUUCCAAAAUCAGUUUGAGCCCGCAAUUUCGAAGAAACAGCCAAUGGAGUAAUUUUUCCGGAAUCAGCCAUGUCGAACUUGACCCACCGUCUGGACCGGUGUCGAGUGGCAAAAGCGGCAAAAGCGUUUAUGACACAGCGGGCACCUAUUUGCCACCUCCAACAUCAGAUAUCCCCAUCAUUGAGGAGAAAAGCCCACGAGUCAAUCCAGUUAGUCCCUCGCUCUGGAAACGAUCAACCAAGCGCACUAGCCCCAACGCCAAAGCAGGCUCAACCGAGUCCGUGGCCGAGCUCCAAAAGUUGGUUUCUCCUAUGAACCUCGAGGAUAGCAGUGCCGAGUACGACGCCACUACGCGGAAACCAUCAUCACGGCCUUCAAAAGAAGUAUACCGCGAACCCAAGCAACACGCUCGUUUAUUCCAUAGGUCAAAGACUAAAAGAGACGCAUACAAGAAGGAAAAAUGCAUCAUUACAUAG